CGCACGCAAAGUUGAUACAGCCUAAGGUCAUUAAUUGCACGUAAUGGUGCUAAUUGGAUCCAUAAAAGCCUGGAUAUGAAGCGUUCGUCACAUCAGCAUGGUGCUGGUAGGCCCCCGAAGCAAGCUAAACUGACGUUCGGAAAGAACAUCACUCCCCAAGUUGCUUCCGUUCCUAGUGAGCAAGUCAAAGCCAGAACAUCUCGCAGGAACACAGCGCGUCUAGCGUCGCAGAACGAGGUUAGACUCAAACCACCUCCAAAAGCGGAAAAUGGAUUUUCGAUCACCGAGAUAGCGGGUGACAUAUUUGACGCUCCUGACGGCACUGUUCUUAUUCAUGCGUGCAACUGCCUGGGAUCAUGGGGAGCAGGUAUUGCCGCUGCUUUCAAGGAACGUUACCCUAAUGCGUACAAGAGAUACAACGAGCACUGCAGAAGUCGCGAACCGGAUAACCUUGUAAACACGGCUCUUUUGAUACCACCCCAAGAGAGUAAAUCCAAACAUUGGGUUGGCUGCUUAUUCACCAGCAGAAAGUACGGACGAAAUAAAGACUCUCCGCAGCAAAUCUUGGACGCUACUGGACCUUCCUUUCGGGACUUGGUUGAGCAGAUGAGUGAAGCAGGAGACGAGGUCACGCAGAUUCGCAUGUGCCAGAUCAAUUCCGGUCUGUUCUCGGUGCCAUGGGAGCACUCAAGGGCUAUUAUUCAAGGUUUGGAACUGGAUGAUAAUGUGAAGAUACCCAGAGAGAUUUUCGUUUACUCAUUGCCCAACAAAACUGAUCGGUCACAAUAAUGUUCCAAAAUAUAGGCUGAUUGAAUGCAUUAGUAUUAGGCCAAUUGUAACGUUUCUUUUUAGUCA